AUGAAACUGAAAGAGCUAAUAGGUUGGCUUACUUAUUGUCUUUCUGUGGGGAGGAAUGUUGAUGAUUUGUUAGGAGAAUAUUUCAGAUGCUUUUUUUAUUUACUAGAUGAGGACAUCAACUCGCCAGUUUUCGAAGGGAGUUUGUUGGUUGAAUCGUAUUAUGGAUCAGGCCAAAAGCAUGUUUUUCAGUGUUACGGACCGCUUGUGGCUGAAACACUAGAAUGUGUUGCCCUUUGUCUUGAGUAUGAAUUGGCUGUAAAGAUUGUUGUUGCAGUAUGUUUUCCUUCAGCAAAAAAAAUUUUCAAUGAAAUUUGUAAUCCACUUUAA